AUGGCUAAUGCCCUGUCCCCUCUUACGCCAUCGCGCAUAAACCAAAACUCUCCCUUCAGUAAAGACCGAAGAAAAGAGAACAUUUCCCCCUCGAAACCUGCUAUCGCGCAGGACGAAAAUCGUAGAUUUGACGGCGAGAACGGCCCGCCAAGCUCCCCAUUCGUUGAAGAUGUCAGUCUGCCACCUUCAAAGUUCCCUAUCGCAUCACCUUCUAAAUUACGAUCUCCGAGGAAAGAUCUCGAGUCGCGAGAGCGGAGGGCGCUGACGGAAGACGCGCUGCGUGAGAAUGAAGGUCUCGCUAGACAUAAACCAGAUUUCGAUGUUUCUAAUAUAGAUCCUUCAAUACGGCGGCCUUUAGAAGAAGAUGCAGCAUCCGCGAUCGAAGGGGCAAGUGUGGCGGGCAUGGAUGACACAUGCUUCUCUGCAUUUUCUGCUGUGCCGAAUGCAGAUAUGACUCGAUUUGCAAACAUCGGCCAAUCUCCUCCAAAAGACACCCACUUCAGUCCCUCAGCGCGACUGGACGGAGAGGGUCCCACACCUCGCCCACAAAGUAGGCAUACCCCACAGCGGCGAGGUCGGCUGAACGAAGACUACGCUUCGCCUACCCCUCGACGCCAUCAAUCGCACUACGAUGAAGACACCACGAAUCUGCUUGUAGACUUCAACGACGAUUAUUCACAUACAAGGACACCGAACAGAUCUCCGCACAAAUUGUCUCGCCCAACAGCCUUAAGAUCAAGCCCACACAAAGAUCUAUCCUCGUACGCUUCGAGCCGCCGUGCACCAUCGCCUGCUAAGUAUCCCUUACCACCGAACACUCCAUGCGAAGCUCGAAAUCUUGCAAAUUUGCUGGAUUUUGAGCUUACACCAGCUCCCACGCCGCGGUCAAUCCCGAGCAUUACUGCUCGAGAGCUGGAAUCCAUGAAGUCAAAUUUUUUGUCUCAGAUUUCUUCCUUGACCGCUACGCUGAGUGGACGUGAGGCAGAAGUCAAAGCUCUGAGCACAGCAGUGAACGAUGCCGAACGUCGCGUCGGAGAAGCCCUGGAGGAGGUACGAAACGAGCGUAGUGUAAAAGAAACGUUGGAGGCAGAGAAAGAGGGGUUUGAAAAUCGACAGAAGGAAAUGCAAAAGGUUCUGAAGGACGUCAAGGAAGAGAUCGUGUCAAGUGAUCGGGAAAAGGAUUCGUUGCUUCAAAGGGCACAGGAAGCCGAGCAUCAGCGCGAACUAGCCGAAAGCCGGGCUGUAGAGGCAGAAAGCAAAUUGGAAGGAAUGAAGGCCAGCUCACCCUCAACAUCCGCAGCACCUUCAGAGAGCAAUGGUAGUGCGACCGCAGAGGUCGAGGCAGCCGUAACGAAGGUUGCGAGGGAGUUGCACGGACUUUACAAAAGCAAGCACGAAGCUAAAGUCACAGCACUGAAAAAGAGCUACUCUGAUCGAUGGGAGAAAAAAGUCAAAGAAUUACAGUCUAAGGUUGAUGACCUUGGCAAGGAAAAUGAAGAGUUGAGGGUAGGCAGAGACGCAACAAUGACCAGCGUCGUUCCGGGGACGACUAUUACAGGCGCUGCAGAGAGUGAGCGGCAGAAAGAAGAGAAAUUAAUGCAACGAAAGCAGUACGAUGAGCAAAAGCAGAAACUCGAAACUGUCGAAAGAGAACUUUUACAAUUACAGAAAGAUCUGACGUCGACUAGAGAUGAGAAUGGCACCCUGCGGACCCAGCUUUCUGCCUCGCGAACAGAGAUUGACGAUUUGGUUUCCGCGACCGAGGAACUCAUGCAGUUGUCAUUAUCUGGUGGGAGUGAGUCGCGCUCAUACUCUUCAGACAAUCAGCAGGCUCCGCUGGGCGGGACGACCAGCCAAGACAUCAAGAGCAGCUUGAGUCGGUCAGUCUCCGGGGGAUCAUCGGGACUAAAAGCACCCGGGUUUACUGCUGGAGAGAGCAGGAUUGGGAAAGUGGGUGGAGAAUAUGGUGGGACUUUUCCAAGAGAAAGAAGUGGUAGCGGACUCAAGAUGAGGAGCGGUAUUAUGAGUAACAUCGAACGAAUGGGACGAGGAAGAGCGGCUGAAUGA